AUGUCCAAAGGACAGUCUCAGCGCUCGGUCGCCUCGAGCGCGCGGCACCGGCAGGAGGCUGAGCUCGCUGCGGUAGAGGAACACGAGCGAGCGGCGGCAGAGACCGCUGCGACGGCGGCGAGGGCAUCAAGGCUGGCGGCGACGGAACUGGCAGCAACAAGGCCGGAAGUGGAAGCAGCGGCGGUGGCGGAUGCAGCGUGUGUGGUGGCAUUGGAGCUCAAGGCUCUACGCGGCAGUAGCAUCAGCAGCUUUGCCUCUGCCGAUGGUAGCACCGACGUGGAACUCAAGCUGGCGAGGGAAGCAGCAGAGAGCGGGCGGCGCAGUGGGCAGCCGCGCACCCCCACGGGCGCGGUGGCGGCAGUCCAGACGGGUGUGGACGAGCUGGCGCCGCUCCUGACAGGGGUGUGUGCAGCGACCGCGCUCCCGGUAGCGGCAGCCCAGACGGGCGUGGACGCACCGGCGGCGCUCCUGGCGGUGACGCGCGUGGCAGCCGCACUCCCGGCAGCGGCAGCCGGGUCGACGGAGAUCGCGGCCUUUACAGGUGGCGCGGCUCUCCCUCCCUGGACCGGUGACAUGGUCACCACGGGAUCCAAGCUGUUGUCAAGGACGUUGGCCCCAGCGGUGGCAGUUCGGUAUGGCGACAUCGACUACAACGAGGAUCGACGGGCGCUGGAUGCCCUCAUUGCUGCAGUCCCGCCCGAGAUGCAGUUCUCGCUUUCCAAGAAGCGGACUGCCAAGGAGGCCUGGGACGCCAUCGCUGCAGCACGCAUCGGCAGCGACCGCGCUCGCAAGUCCACACUGCAGGCACUUCGCAAGGAAAGACAGGUGCAGUACGGCGAUGACACCUACGACGAGGAGAGAGCUGUUGAGAAGCUCUUCCGUUGUGUCCCCGAGAAGUACAAGCAGAUCGCUUGCUCGAUCGAGUCUCUGCUGGACCUCUCCAUGAGGUCGAUCGAGGAGGCAAUAGGUCACCUCAAGGUCAUCGAUAGCGAUGAGCCACAUCCUCCCUCGGGGCCUAUCACCAUUGGCGGGAAGCUCCAUCUCACUCAGGAACAAUGGGAGGCCUGCUAG